AUGGCGGCGCCCGGUGGGCCAUCUCCCCAGCAGAUUGCGGCCAUGCAGCAGCAGUUCGCUGCUGAGGCUGCCAGACGCGGAUUGACCCCAGAACAAUUUGCUCAGCAGCAGCGCGAACAACUCGCCGCAGAGGCCGCCAAGCACAACAUGAGCACCGAGCAAUAUGUCCAGCAGCUAAGAGCGCGGGCGAUGGCCGCACACCAGCAACAGAUCGCACAAGCCCGGGCGCAGGCCCAAGCCCAGGCCCAAGCCCAAGCUCAAGCACAAGCUCAGGGAGGCCAGUCGCCCGCACAACCAGGUCAAAACCUGCCAGCGCCUCAACAACCUCAGCCCCAGCAGACGACACGUCAAGUGCCGGUCAACCCAUCCAACCCCCCCGACCCGAAGGCCAUCGCGGUGGCCCAGUUCCUGCAGUCGCAGAACCUCAAGACACGCACUUGCAUCAUGGAUGGUCAACGAAAGGAGAUGUUCAAAGUGAAACGCGCUAUUCGCGCCCUCGAAUCCCCCGCAUACGCCAAAGCCGCCGCGAAGAAAAACUCCCUUCUCCCCCCCGUGACCGACCGCGCUUCUGCAGAGAAUGUCUUCAAGCUUCUCCCCCUGUCUCUUCUGGCUCUCCGAGUCUCGAAAGUCGAUCCCCAUGCGGGUCACAAUCACGCUAAGCCGAAGAACCGUGUCAAGGGGCUGUGGACGGUCAAGAUCGAGCAGCACCAGGAAACCAACCCUAUGAUGCACUACGUUUGGUUGUAUGAGGGGCCCCAGUUAAAGCAGAAGUUGAUGGCUGGCGCCGUUGUUGCGGGUAUCUUCGCCGUUGUCCUGUUUCCCCUCUGGCCCAUGGUGAUGCGGCAGGGUGUCUGGUACUUGAGUGUCGGCAUGAUGGGGUUGCUCGGGUUGUUCUUCGCGAUGUCCAUUUUCCGUCUGAUCUUGUUCUGCAUUACCGUUUUUGCAGUGCCGCCUGGACUCUGGCUCUUCCCUAACCUGUUUGAGGAUGUCGGUUUCGUGGAUAGUUUCAAGCCUUUGUGGGGCUGGCAAGAGAACAAGAAGAAGAAGAAGAAGUCCAAGAAGGCGGUGGCUGGUGAGGAAGCAUCUAAGCCUGCUACUGAGGUUGCAACUGAUGCAGCUCCUGCCGCAUCCACUACGGCAACAGAAGCACCGGAUACUUCCAGCACGGUCAAGCGUGACUUGGCACCCCGAGUGGAGGAGCUUGGCGAGGAGUAA